AUGAACAUCGUCAUCGUCGGCCACGUCGACCACGGCAAGAGCACGGUGGUGGGACGCCUGCUGCAUGACACCGGCUCGCUCCCGGACGGCAGGAUCGAGCAGGUGCGGCGCAACUGCGAGCGCUCGGGCAAGCCGUUCGAGUACGCGUUCCUGAUCGACGCGCUCCGUGACGAACAGGCGCAGGGCAUCACCAUCGACGCCGCCCGCGUGUUCUUCCGAUCCGCGCGGCGCCGCUACAUCAUCAUCGACGCGCCCGGGCACGUGGAGUUUCCUGAAGAACAUGAUCUCCGGCGCCGCCCGCGCCGAGGCGGCGAUCCUGGUGAUCGACGCCCGCGAAGGGGUGCGCGAGAACUCCCGCCGUCACGGCUUCAUGACCGCGAUGCUGGGCAUCCGGCAGAUCCUGGUGGUGGUGAACAAGAUGGAUCUGGUCGGCUACGACCAGUCGGUGUUCACGGCCAUUCACGAGGAGUACGCGGAGUUUCUCGCAGAGAUCCAGGCCACGCCGCUCGGGUUCGUCCCGGUGAGCGGGCGCCAUGGCGACAACUGGUGGCGCUCUCGCCCCGCACCCCCUGGUACACGGGGCCGCCGUUGCUGGAGCGGAUCGACGCCCUGGACUCGGCCGGCCCGGAGACCGAGCACGCGCUGCGGCUGCCGGUGCAGGAUGUCUACAAGUUCCCGGUGCGGGGGGACGACGCGCGCAUCAUCGCCGGGACCAUCACCACCGGAAGAGUGGCCGUCGGCGACACGGUGGAGUUUCUGCCUUCGGGCAAGCGGUCGCGGGUGCGCAGCAUCGAAGGCUUCGAGAUUCCGCCGACGCGCGAGGCGGCGGCCGGCGACGCCACCGGCGUCACCCUGACCGAGGAGCUGUACGUGCGGCCGGGGGAGAUGAUGUACCGGGUGGGCGAGGCGAUGCCCCGGGUGGGCACCACGUUCCGCGCCAACCUGUUCUGGCUCGACCGCAACCCGCUGGUCCGCGGCCGGCGCUACCUGCUGAAGCUGGCCAGCACGCGGGUGACCGUGCAUGUAAAGGAGAUCGUGCAGGUCCUCGACGCCGACACCCUGGAGCGCAGCAACGCGAAGCAGCACGUCGGCCGCCAUGAGGUGGCCGAGUGCGUGCUGGAGACCCACAAGCCGAUCGCCUUCGACCUGGGCAUCGACGCCGAUCUGGUCGCCACCGGCCGCUUCGUGCUGGUCGACCAGUACGAGAUCGCCGGCGGCGGCAUCAUCACCGAGUACCUGUCGGACCUGAGCGAGUCGCUGCGCGAGCACGUCCGGCGCCGCGACUACGCCUGGGUGGACGGCGCCAUCAGCGGCGGCGAACGGGCCGACCGCUACGGCCAGCGGCCGCGGCUGGUGGUGCUCACCGGCUCGGUGCAUCCGCUGCUGGUCCGGGUUGCGCGGGACGUGGAGCGCGAGCUGUUUCACGGCGGCAACAACGUCUACUACUUCGGGCUCUCCAAUCUCGCCGGCGGGCUGGACGCCGACAUCGAGCGGGAGCACCAGUCAUCCAGCGGUGAGACGCGCGACGAGAACAUCCGCAAUCUUGGUGAGAUUGCCCACUUCCUGACCGAUUCGGGCCAGAUCGUGAUCACCACGGUCGCCGAUCUCGACGGGUACGAAGCGGAGACGCUGCGCAUUCUCAAUCAACCCAACGACAUGCUGAUCGUGCGCGCGGGCGACGACCGGCACGGCGUGCAGGCCGAUCUGGUCCUGCCGCCGGAGUUGUCACCAGAGGAGGCGGCGGCGGCGGUGUGCCGCAGGCUGCGCGCGGAAGACCAAAGCGAAAGCGAGGAGGCAGACGUAUGA